UAUUAAAAAAGUCUUGAAGAGUCCUAACAGGACUCCAUGAUUCCAAAUCGGAAUUUGACUAUGAUAAGAAUCCUAAUUGAACUCAAUAAAAGACCACAGCCUUUUAUAAAUACUAAUUUUAAAGGUGCAAAUUUAUUUUCCAGAGGUCAAUCACAAUUUUUUUUUUCCCUCUGAUUAUUGUGUUUUUUCGUGAUCCAAAUACUCGUAACCUAAUCAAGGUGCAAACAUAUAUCCUGUUGUCGUGUUCGAUAAUAAAUCGCUAGAUCAUUCAAGAUGCUGACGGAAUUAAUUUGCAAACUAUACCGAGGGGAAAAAGGAAAAACAAUGGAAGACACAAUCCCCCAUGAUUCAAAGCACGACCAACAAGAAGACGAAAAUCAAGCAUUCACUUGCGAAAUCUGCAUGGAGACGAUGAUAUUACACGACCAAAAAUUCAAGAACAAGAACAAAUGCAGACAUCCCUAUUGUACUGAUUGCAUUAUCAAAUACAUCAAAGUGAAGGUCGAGGAUGAUAACGUGGGAUACAUCAAAUGCCCGGAUAUGAAUUGCAACCAGUUAUUGGACCCAGUUUCGUGCCGGUCGAUGAUCGGUUUAUCGCUUUUUGUGAAGUGGUGCGAUGUGCUAUGUGAAUCGACGAUUCUGGAAGUGAAUAAGAGUUAUUGUCCUCAAAGGAAUUGCAAUGCUCUGAUCUUGAAUGAGUGUGGUGGGAAUGUGAAGAAGUCGCGGUGUCCAAGUUGUAAGAAUUGGUUUUGCUUUCAAUGUCAGAUGGUUUGGCAUAGCGGGUUUAGGUGUGAACAGAGUUGGGAAUUGAGGGACGAGAAUGAUAUUGCUUUUGGAAUGCUUGCGGAGAAGGAGAAGUGGAUGAGUUGCCCCGGGUGCGGACAUUUUGUGGACCGCAUUGAGGGCUGUCGAGACAUCAACUGCAGGUGCGGCAUUAAUUUCUGUUACGAUUGUGGAAGUCAAGUUCAACAUUUUAAAUGUCGCUGUGCAGUUUCUGCGGCUUGGGCCGCUCAAAUUAUUAACUUUUCUUUUUAUUUUUUUCACACUUUUAUAAGUUUUAUUUCCUUGGAAUAAGACCUUGGACAAGUCAAUAAAUAAUUGUGUGUAAUCAAUAUAUUUUUUUUUUCAAUUAACUGUAGUCUUAAUUGAAUUUAUAUAAAUUUCUAUUUAAAUUUCCUGUUAACUAAAAUCUAAGGAUCCGUUUGAUUUCGAAAAUUUUCCAUGGUUCCAUCUUGUGGGUUGUUUGAUUGUAACAAUUUUCCAUGGAAUUCAUUCUCCCCACGCCCCACAUGUGACAUUUUUCCUUGAAUUGUCAGCUUUAUUUUUUUUAAUAUAUAUAUAUACAAAUUUUAUCCUCAAUUAUAAAAAAAUUUAUCCCUUUAAUUAACAAUUUUCAUGAAAAACAAAGUCAAAUGAACAUCAAAAAAUCUAACACUUCAACAUUUUACAAGUAGAAAAUUAUACUAAUCAAACACAUUUAAUUAACAAUUCUCGAUAAAACAAGUUCUAAACAAUUUAAUUUCCUGAAAUUCGUUUUCUUUCCAUCUAAAUUCCAUUUUUACAAUCAAACAAACCCUAAGUAAAUUAAGCUAAAGGUUACUUUGAAACUUUGGACAAAGAUUUGUAUAUGAAAAAGACACUAGGUUUCCGAAUUCAAUAACACUAGUAUACUUUAAUUCGAAUAAUCACUUAAUUAACAAUACUCAUUUUAUUGGUCCUUAAAUUAUUUAAGUGUCUUUUCUCGAAUAAAGUUAAAUAUGUUUUUAAUUAAGAACUUCACAUAUCUCUAAAUUUUUAACGAUGCAUUAUUGAGUGAUAGAUGGAAUAACAAUUUGAUAAGUUCAAUGACCAUCCGAAAAACUUUUAAGGGUUAAUGGCAAAUGGCAUACUGAAUUUAUAAGUUCGGUGACCAUCCAAAAAACUUAAUUUUACUUUCUAAUAACAAAGUUACUUUAUGCUGCUUAUCUUAUAUUCACUAAUGAAAAAUAUUACUUAUCUUAAAGCUGCAAGGGUGAGAUGUAUACACAAAAUGAAUAUGCAUGAAGAUUGCAAAGUAGGUUCAGCUUUCACCUUGAAGAUUGCAAGUUCUUCAUUUUCAGAACAUAAAGAUGAUUGAACUCUUGAAACCAAAGAGUACUAUCGAGUUCCACCCUCGAGUACCUGGCCAAUCUCCUCUGCUCUAGACUGGAUGCCUUUCAGAUAUUCCGUGAGAAUGCGCUGCUGAUAAGAUCCACCCUC